GAUGGAUUAGCCAUUUGUAAACGCAGUGAUGAUGCAAAGGAAAAAACAAUUCUUUUGGCACAAUUACGGUUAUCUCUCUAUUUCCUAACAACAAUAGCGCCAUAAAUUCAUAUAAUUUGUUCAUUUGCACUUUUACCUCGUCAAACCAUUACUGCCGCUCUUCAGAAUUUCGUUCCCUAGCUUUCUUUUAUGUGCCCUUCUAUUUUUCGUACCCCAUGGAAAGCGACGACACCCUUCAGUACCCCUUCAUCCUCCAAUGUACACACUGCAAAACAAUCAUAGCGGACAGCUUUUCUCUCACCGACUACACGGCAAGCACACUUACACUCACAAACGUGUCUUCCUUCGUGAAAUUUAAAGAUAAAGAGUGUCAUAAUGAGCGGCCAUACGCAUUCAUACUGUGCGAAUGUGACAGUGUGGUAGGCAAGAAGUACAAAGAUGAGAGUGUGUAUCUCCUGGAUGACAGUCAGCUCAUAUCGUAUGUGUUGGGCAAUGGUAAUUGCAAGAGAUACAGUAUUAACGAAGUUGUGGAGGAAUUGGGGAAGCUGCAGAAGUUCUGUUUGUAUUUGUAUAAUCGAUUGGAUCAUAAGUGAGAAUGUGCUUGUACAUUUAAUAAAUUAUAUCUGCCAACCA